AAACAAUUUUUCAACAUGAAAUUUAAUUUGGAAAGUAUAACGAAAUGCAAUUACUUUAUUUGUUAUUGUUACCUGGUUUUUAAAGUUGUACAUUCAAGUUACUAUUGAAUUCAUGUUAAUGUUAUGUUAUGAUUAUUGUGUAAUUAUGCGGUGUCAGUCAUGCAAAUGCUCAAUCGCUGAGAAAUAUGUAAAACGUACCAAGAUUACUUUCAAAAUUGAUCCAAAAACCGAAUUUUAAUGUUUAAAUACGCUCAAGGUUAAGUUCUAUUCGUGUAAAAUGACAUUUAAUUAUAUUAUAACAGCAUGAUGUUUGAGGAUAGCUUAAUAUGGUUUGUGUCUGGUGGACUAUUGUUUACUACCGUUAUACUGAUUGUUGCCUGUAUAUGCGGAUGUCACAAAUCGAUACCAAAAAAUGAAUUACUUGGUCUUGCUGGCAUGGUAAAAAUUACCAAUCCUGAUGUUGGACCAGAACCAGUGAACAGGAACUUAUCAACUAGUCCAUCCCCAACAAAUAGUACCAAAAGAAGUUCAGCUGGUGCAACUUUAUCUUCAGCCACUAGAAGUCUUCCCGAUUUACCUGUUGAAACCCCUAGAGGUUCAGAUGCUGUUGCCACUGCUGUUUGGUAUGGAGGUGAUACAAACUCUGAACUGUAUGCUACUGUUGAAGAAAAUAAAAAUGGCAUCAAAGGGGACUCUUCAAAAUAUGUCAAUAACACAAUGUCUCCAUCGAGUGGCACUACAGCAUCCAAAAGUGAAUGUGUCUAUGCAUGUGUGAAUAAGGAAAAUCCAUAUGACAAAUUAAAACAGGAACAUCCAUAUGCUAAAGUUGGUGUGCAUAAUGCAACUAAUCAAUAUCCUGGUUCCCAAAGAUCGGAGAAAGCCAGUUUAACUGAGUCAAUAGAAUUGGAUGAAGUUGACAGGGCUCCCGAUCAAGAUAUAGCAGCGGCUAGUGUGAUUGCAGGUGAUGAAGCUGCUAGUAUUAACAUUCCUUAUAUGACUCCACCGGUAGGACCUAUAGAACAUCCAUUAAAUGUGCAAUUAAGACAGGGACAUUACAGUGGCGAUUCGCAUGAUUCUAGUAGAUACACAAGUAUCAGUGUUCGAGAACCAUUAUCAAGGAUCAUGUCCAGUGCUCGAAAUGGCGGUAUACCAUCGGAUCCUCAUUAUGCUUUUGUCUCAGAUGAUUCUGAUGAAAUGUAUGCCGCUAUUAUUGACCCAAGCAAUAAUGUAUAUACUAGUGGAAGUGAAACAUAUGCUCAGAUACCUAGUGCAAACAAUAUACCAGUUGCUUCAACAGGUCAGACAUAUAAAGCUUCUACAUCACACAUUAAUGGACCUGAGCAAACACAUUCCAGACAGGAUUCUUCAUCAAGUGCUGUGAGUUCUAAUUCACCUAAGCCUGAAAAACGACAGGCUAAUUCACCUCUACCAAAACCUCCAGAAUACCUGGACGAGAUGUAUGCUAAAGUUAUGAAGAAACGCAAUGAUUCACCUGAACAAACAUCUCCUAUUUUACCCCCCCUAUACGAUGAAGGUAUUUAUGAUAGAUUGGUUGAACCUAAAAAGACACAGGCGUCAGAUGUUGAUCCUAAUUACGAAGAGUUACGACCCACUAGUCAUGGUUACGCUCGGAUAAAAAAAAUUGACAAACCAUCUGAACCAGACUAUGCAAGCUUGACUAGGACAAUGACUGUUGAAUAUGUUGAAAAUGAUCCAAAUUAUGAAAGUUUAAAAGUAGACUUGAAUGAAAUUAAUCACAAUUCGAUUUAUUCAGAAGUGAAUAAAAGAUAGCUUUUAUACAAACACCUUUUUGUUUCAUGAGUAAAUCUAGUGUGAGUUCUUUACUUCUUUUCUACUUUUCUUUUGUUAAUUUUGUACCUGACAAAUAAUGUGUUGUAUAUUUUGUUAAAAUAACAUUUAUUUACCAAGUUAAGUACCAUUAUUUUUAAAAUUUACAUUAACAUUUAUCAUUUUUUUAAACAUGUGUGUUCAUUAUUGUCGAUGGACAUAAACAACAGCUCAAAUUUUUUUAAUUGACAUAUGGAAAUCAUGAUUAUCAAAAAUGAAAUGGUGUUAUAUUAUAACCAAGUAACCCACCUAAAAACUAUUUGAUACAUAUAUUUUUACUUCCAUUAUGGUCUUUAGGAUAAUAUAAACUAAUUUCUUUCCAUUUUAAUUUCUAGAUAAUAAUUAUACACUAUACAGAAUGAUUUGUUUUGCUCUUGAUUAAUUGAAUAAUUAUGUAAUUGUAGCUUUUAUUAUUAUUGUAUUCAGUAUAUAAUUAAUAUUAUAGAACUAUAUUAGUGUAUCUAUAAUCAUUAUUAAUAUAAUUUAUUGUUAUGACUUAAAAAGCACAGAGACGUUUUUUAAACUUUGCUAUAAUAUCAAAUUAGGUUAUUCAACCACAGACUGAAGUAUUAUUAUGAUUAUGGUUAUUUUUUUCUUUUAAAUAUUUUUACACAUGAUCUACUUAAUAAAGUAUAUGUAAAUAUACUUUUAAUAUAGUACUAUAUUAUACGAAAUACAUUUUUUUUUAAAUUUUAAGCCAAGAUUUUACAUGUUAAAACUUGAUAUAUUAAAAUUUCAUCAAGGAAAUAAAUAUGUAUCAAUAUUAGUUCAUCAAUUUAUUUUUUUUUUUUAAACGAGCACACUAUUUGUUACUUUAUAAGACAGUGAUUUAUAUUUUUAUAAUAUAUACAGCUCCUACCAAACAUCUUGGUAGAAAAUGUAAGCGCGGCGCCGUCCUUUUUACAAUUGUGAUCCCAAACUGUUGCAACUCUGUCCCUACCUCUGUAUUGUACUGUACUUACAGACCAGGAACCACUUGGGUACUCACGGUACAGAUGAGAGUUGACAGGGUCAAAUGCUUUUUUUGUUUGGAACACACUUGUAUGAUAUUAAACACAAAAUCAUUAAUUUUGUUAUUAUUAUUUUAUAAAAUUAGUAUUUCAUUUAUGUAUAGUAAGUUAAGAGUAUUAAAUACUGUUUAAUAUAUUUUGAAAACUUUUUUUAUAUUUUAUGUAUGUCAGUUGAAUUAAUUGUUUUUUUUUAUUAUUAUUAUUAUUGUUCUACACUUAUGUAUUACAUUAAGAUUUACUUUAAUUUCUUACUUAUUACUGUAAACUGUUAUAUUGUUGAUAAAAAAAGUAUAAAUAUUAAUUAUGCUUAAGUAUUAGUUUGUAUAUUGUGAUUGUUCUGCUUGUAAUUAAUUUUGCAUCAAAUUAUAUUUUAAAUAGAAGCGUAAUAUAAUAUAUUUAUAUAUAUAAAUAUUUUUUUUAUGUAAUUUUUAACAUAUUAAUUAUAAUUUAAAUUACAUACAAUAUAUUUGUAUAAUAAAACAAAUUGAUUUAUUGCAAUACCAAUAUGUAAUAGUUAAAAUUAAUUGUGAAUUUCUUAUCUAU